AUGGACAGCGUCUAUGGCUUUGCGGAAGUCACCAUUGUCGGAGCAACCGGGGACAGCACGCAUGGCUUAUCGCGAAUACGCACGCACAGGGAGCUAAGGCAAAUCCAAGGCGAGGUAAAGCCUGGAAUCUGCCUGGCACUGCAGUUCCCAGGCUUUGAUAAGAAGGAGAAGGCUUUGUCGCGUUGGACUACGCGUGCGUGGACGUUACAGGAAGCUCUACUUUCUCCACGCCUCGUAAUCUUUCACAACGACUUCAUGACGUGGGAAUGCCGCGAGGCGGUAUGGUGCGAAGACGUAGUUCCAGGAGCAAAUGCCUGUUUUAUACAACCUCAUGUCGGCUCUCGCAUGCUCCCACUUCUGCCAGAGCGCCUGGAGGCCGCAAAGGAUGACACAUACAGCGUCCUCAUUUCCCCGAUAUGUUCUGUCGACGACUUGACCAUGUACGAGAAUGUAGUUCGAGAGUACUCAAAUCGACAAAUAACCGUCCAGGCUGAAAAGCUUAACGCUUUUACCGGAAUAUCCAGCGUGUUUGGUUCGCACAUGGAAACAGACUUCUUCUACGGGCUCCCCAGAUCGCACCUUGAUAUGUCGCUUCUGUGGUGGGCAGCUGAGCCUCUACAAAGACUGCCCGAGUUCCCGAGCUGGUCUUGGGCUGGCUGGGAGGGAGCGGUGUGUGCACAGAUCCAGCAGACAACUCGCCUGAAGCGCCUUGUGCAGGCAUGGGAGGAUCCGGGAUACGUCGCCCCGAAGCGCCCUUGGAGGAUUGCUCCCGGGAAGGCGCUUGAAAACACGCCCAACGUCCACCAUGCACUCACCAAAGUCAUUGACUUUGGACCCACUGGCCGCACACUCGGCCGUUGCCUCUGUUUCCAGGCUUUUUGCACGUCUGGUAUAUCUUUCACUUUCCACGACCAGGUUGUUAUCGAUCAAGACGGUAAAAUCGUUGGCGGCAUCGUUUUCGACAACCCUACCUUUUUAGAGAUUGAAAGGAACAAGCUGGAAUUAAAGGCGUAA